AUGCCGACGCUCGACGUGAGCCAGUUGAAUGUGGUAGUUGCGGUCUUGGGGGCGUUCAUCUUGCUGUAUGGCGUUAUCUCAGUUAAGAUUAAGAAUGUCUGGUAUCUGGGCGAGGCUUUGCCGGCGGUGCUGGUGGGCAUCAUUAUGGGCCCAACCGCCGCCAAAUUCCUGGACGCCACGGAAUGGGGAUCAGCCGUGAAGGACCAGCAGGAAGCGAUCACUUUGGGUCUCUGCCGUGUCGCUAUCGGUAUCCAGCUGGUCAUGGCCGGGUAUCAGCUCCCAGCACAAUACCAGCGCACCCACUGGAAGGAGAUGUUCAUCUGCUUGAUUCCCAACAUGACGUUGAUGUGGCUUCUGACAUCGGGUUGCGUCAUGGCCACCAUUCCAAACAUUCCUUUUAUCCCGGCCCUGGUAAUCGGCUCUUGUGUCACCUGUACCGACCCAAUCCUCUCGCAGGCCGUGGCCAAAGGCCCGUUCGCGGACAAGUACGUAGCGCGCGAGCUACGUGAAAUCAUCUCUUCGGAGGCGGGUUUUAAUGACGGUUUUGGGUUUCCAUUCCUGAUGCUAGCGACGUAUAUCAUGAGGCACGCCCAAGGGUCGGGGGUUGAGUCCCAUGGAACCCAAGCGGCCACCUUAAUGGCACGAUCCGGGGACAUUGGGCGCCAGGGAGGAGGUGUCGGAACAGCAAUAAGCAACUGGGUGGUCGAGACCUGGCUUUACUACGUGGUGCUGGGUGUGGUGUACGGGGCUGUACUGGGAUACGCAACGAUGCAUGCCCUGCGAUUCAGCCUUCGACGGAAGUGGAUUGAUAGUGAAAGCUAUCUGCUUUGCCCGACAGCACUUGGGCUGUUUAUCCUAGGCACCUGUGGCUGCAUCGGCACCAAUGAUCUAAUCGCCUGCUUCGCCGCUGGCAACACGCUCAACUGGGACGGAGGUUUCCUCGCGGAGACAGAGACGCGACACGACGAAGUUAAUGCCUCUAUCGACGUUCUACUGAAUUUCGGGGGAUUCAUGUACAUCGGGUCGAUCUUCCCCUGGGACCAGUUCAGCCAGCCGGACCUCACUGGCAUCACAUACCCUCGACUGGUCCUACUGGGGUUCCUGGUUAUCCUGCUGCGGCGUAUUCCAAGUGUCAUGCUGUUGUACAAAUGCAUGCCGCGGGUGUGUAAGAACUGGAAGGAGGCUCUGUUUAUGGGGUAUUUUGGUCCGAUUGGUAUUGGAGCUGUUUUCUAUGUCGAGCACGCGCGCCAUCUCUUCCCGAAGCCCGGCGAGGGAGACGAGGUGGAAGCGCAGCUGAUCCGUGCCAUUGGACCUACAGUAUAUUGGCUCGUGUUCUUCUCCAUUAUUGUCCAUGGUCUCUCAAUUCCCGCAUUGAAUCUUAUCUACAAGCUGGCCGGCGUGCCACCGGUGAUUGACCCCUCGGGGCCGGCGGAAAUCCGGCCCUUGUCGAGAAACGAGGUGUUGCCGAAGAACAGCUAUGUGAACGUUACCCGUCGGUCUGUGAUGCUGUUCAAUCGCUUCUCGCGCUCAAACUAUCCAAGCAAUAUAGGUUGGGAGCUACCACACGUGAAAGAUAAUUGUGACCGGGCGCCGGAUCCGCCAACUUUUCAGUUACAAAACAUGCAACGUCAAAUCGAGAGGCAUACAUAG